AUGCCGGCUCAUUGCAUGAGGGCCCGCAGGUUGCGUCGGGGUGUUCGGCCUCUGUGGGCGAGGAGGUGGGGUGCAGGGUUAUCCCGAGGCUAUGGAGUAAGGCGCCGGGUGAGAUCUUCAGUGCGGCGGAUGCUCUGUGCAAACAUAGGGUGGCUACAGAAUGGUCAGCAGCCUUUAGAGAAGAGGACUGCGGAGCCCGCAGUCCCCGCUAGGGUGAACAGGGCCUUUGGGAUACCUGGGACUGCAGGCUCGGUUGAGGCAGCAAUGGACCCCAGGACAGUGUGGGUGAACGGGACUGUGGGCGAGCCCGAGGUGGUUGGGCCUGCUGGGUCUGUGUGGGUGACUGUAUCUGGGGAGGAGGAGCUAGACAAUAGGAGCUCUCCAAGCUGUGAGAGAAAAGGUCGUCCAGGAACACUUGGCCAUGAGAGCAUCCUGGAACUGUGGUUGAAGGUGCAGGCUAUGAGGGUAGCGUCGGGAUGCUGGGAAGGAAGCAGAGUGGAGCUCCAUCCCGUUCCCGUGGGAGAGGGGCCGAUCGAGAAGGGUAUUCCUGGGCGAGCUUCCUGGGUAGAGACCAGCCGAGGUGGUGUCACCGGACCCUGGGUGAGAGGCAAUACUAGGACAUUCCCCCAGGCCUCAGGACUGCCCACAGCUAGGGGAAUAGGGGCCGGUUGUGAGAGAGUCUCUAUCCUUUGUAGGCAGGGACAAGCUGGGAAGACACCACCUCCUGUGGGUGGACCUGAGGUAGUAGAGAAGAUAGACUGUGUUUCCUCUGGACCUUGGGAAAAAAGACAAACUGUGGUGGUGCCUGAGGCCAUAGGAUGGUCUCAGGUCUUGAAAAGGCCCAGAGCUGGAGAAGUGAGGGAAUGUGAGGGUACCUCAUGUCUCUGUGGGGGAGGGCAGUCAGGGCAGUUUUCUGGGGCUCUGGCAGAAGGAGCUGAAUAUGGGCAUAUGUUAUGGGAAAGGGGGCUGAUGGAAGGGGGCCCUGAUGCCCUGCUGGUACUACCCAGGGCCAUGGAAGAUGGAACUACCUCCCACGGGGGCCCAGGGUUGUGGCAAAGGAGACAAGAGAUGGAAGAUAUAGGUUCUAGGGGUAUUCCUGGUCUAAGGACCAUGGGACAGCUUGUAGGAGUGCCUUGUGCUAGAGAAGAGGAAGCUAGAUGUGGAGGUGACCCGGGGUCAUGGGGUGCAGCACAGGCUGUAGAAUUGUGUGCUUCUGAGGAGCAUGAGAUAGGUUCUCGAGGUGCCCAGGGCCUGUGGGGUAUAGAACAGGCAAUGGGAGCACCCAGGGCUUUGGGGAAGGAGGCAGAUGAUGCAAGUAUUCCAGGACUGUGGGGAAAAGGACAGUUGCCAGGUUUGCAGACAGUGGUGGUACCAGGAGGUAGGGAAGAAGAAACCAGCUAUGACGUUUCAGGCCUGUGGGAGAGGCAGCAGUCGGCUCAGGAAGCUCCUCUGGCUGAGCCAUUGCCGGGGCCGGUUAUGGAGGAGACAUACAAUGGGAAUCCUCUAAGCCUGUGGGAAAGGAGGCAGGUCAUGAGGGAGCCGGAGGCUCAGGAGCCUGCAGCUUUAGGAAUACAUGGGGCUGUGGAUCAGGAUGUCAGAUGUGGCGCUCUCUCCUGUCCGUGUGGAAGGAGGCGAGCUGUGGGAUUGACGGAAGCAGUUGUGCCAAAGCACAGGUGGGCCACAGAAGGCGUACCCUCGGCUCUGGGUGUACCUGCUGCCUUGUGGGUGUGUCAGGAAAGCAGCUCUACAGACGGGGUGAACCUGCCGGGAAGAACUCAGGUUGCCUGCGCGAGACCUGUGGCUCCUGAGGAGUGCUCAUCUGUGCUAGAGGAUGCUGAACCUGGGGCUCUCCCAUGUUCAUGGGGAAGGAGACCGGCUAUUGGGGUUCCCCUGGCUCCUGAAAUACCUGGUUCUCUGAAGAUAGAGGCUGGCUCCAGAAGUUUCUCAAACUUAUCAGGAAGGAGACAGACUGUGGGUAUACCUGUGACAGUAGGGGUAUCACCAGCUGGUGUGGGCGUGGCUCUCAGGGGAUCUGGUUGUGUGUGGGAGCACAGCUGUAGGAGAGCCUCAGACUCAGGAGGCAGGCCACCUACAAGGGUACCAGUGACUGUGGGGCUCCCCGAGUCCAUGGGGGAUGCGACACUCUCUGCGGGUGUACAGAGAAGACAGCCUGCUGUGAUGCCUGUGGCUGCUAGAAUUCCCACAGCCGUGGGAGAGACCACAGCUUCUGGGCUCUGUGGGCCUCAUGGGGUAGUGGAUAGAGGCUGUGGAGAAAGCUCGGGGAUAUGGCAAAGAAGACAAAUGACCGAGGUACCCACUGCUGCCAGUGUCCCUGAACUUGAGAGGGAAGCAGGCUCUGAAGGUAUCUCUGAUCUGUGGAGGAGACACAGUGGAACAGUUCCCGAGGCAGGGAGGGAGGCUUUGCAUCCGGGGAGGGUUCCCAUGGUCAGACAUGUCCCUGCACCAGUGUGGGUGGCUGGGCCCUCUGGGGAGGAGGCAGAUGAAGGUGUCUCUGACCUGACAGUGGUUAGGAGACCGGCCACUGAGGGAGUAAGGUCAUCAGGGGAGGAAACAGUGAGUAGAGGGAGCCUGGGACUUGUAGGGAGGGGCCAGGCUGUGGAAGUUUCUUACACCGGUGAGCUUGGUACCAGAAUGUGGGUCAGUUCAAGAUCUGCAGGGGAGGUAACAACCUAUGAGAAUCUUCCCAGAGUAUCUGCAAUGAGAACAACUGUGCCGGCAGUUUCAGGGGAGGAAAUAGACAUUGGCCAUUUCAGAGAUGAUCUGCAGGGGAGUGGGAAGAGAGCUGUGGGAAGGAUUCCUGAAGCUAGAGUGACAGUGGAUGCUUUGGGAGAGAUGGGGGAGGGUGGACUGAGGGGCACCUUCCAGUAG